CAUAUUAACCGAAAUGUUUGCCUCGCGUUCAUCAUAUCGUUUGCGUGACAACCGAUUUAAAUACUUCAUCGGCGGUCCGCCAAUCAAUCCAUAUCUCAAGAACUCAUACUCUUUGCUACAAAGUAUAGAUCACUCGUCAGCUACUAUUCAUCCCGAAACCGGUGAAUCGGUGACCAUGAGGUCGACCGUCGAUGAAGCGACCGACAGAUCCAUGUAUUGGAUGGCAUGCAGUGGACAACAAUCUCUGAAGAGGAAACAGUUAACCGAUGACUCAACCAAUUUGAGACAUUUGUUGUAUUGUUUGAAAACGAAUCGCAAUCUAAUACCAGUGCUGUCUGUCCAGUGCAGCGCCUACUAUAGAACCGCCGCUAAAUUGGAAGAACUCGACUCUAAUUCAGCCAAUGAUUAG